UUUGGAGACACGGAGCAUAAACAAUCUAUUGUUGAGAAGUUUGAGACAUUUACAUGGAAUGUUGAGAAUUUCUCUCGCUGGAACGGGGGGACUUACUCUGAGCCUUUUGUGCUAGGUGGCUAUCCAUGGAAGAUACUUCUUAUCAAUGGGGUGACAAUGUAGGCGACUUAUCAAUUUUUUUGAGUGUUGUGGAAACUGCUAACAUGUCUAAAGGAUGGAGCAGACAUGUGAAAUUUAAGUUGUUUGUACUUAACCAGGUCGACAGCAACAGGACAAUCUUCUCUGAUGAGGCUCAACACGAGUUCACGGCAAGUUCCAAUGGCUGGGGUGUUGGAUCUUUGGUCUCUUCAACUGUUCUUCAUGAUCCUCAUAGUGGGUUUCUUGUAAAAGAUGUUUGUAUUGUUGGUGUAGAGGUUUCAUUUUAUAAGUCAAAAUACAAAAAGCAAGUGAAUCAAGCUACUAGCUUAACUACUUCCUCAACAUCUAGUGGUCAAACUGAAAAUCUGGAAGUUGAAGUCACAAGGCCAAUGCUAGAAGUUCCUGGCCAAAAUCAAGGCGAACAUAUGGAUUUCAAGGGUUUAGGACAAAUUUGAAAAAGACUUUGUUUCAUUACUAGUAGAAGUGUGUUCUCUGCACCCUUCACUUGUUGAGUCCCAGCAGAAAAGAAUGCAAGUUUAGGGAAUGGGCGUUCACUGCUUUGGGCAGAGUUCUUUAUUUCCUUAAGACUAGAAAAGGGAAAGAUAUGAAUGACUUAUCUUGUAGUAUGGAUCUUCAAAUUUUUUGGGAGGAACUUCAGCCAUUUGGUUUUGAUUUGUCUUGGCUAGAGUAUCAUGUUCAAUCAGCCCUGGGAAUGAAAAGUUUUCUGGAGAAAAUGAAGGAGGUAGAAAAGCAAAAGGAUAAUGUGGUAGCUCUUGAGAUGGAAAAGGAGAGGCUGAUGGCAAAGUUGGCGACUGUAAAUGUGAAUCUUUAUGCUGCAAAAGACGUGUUGAUGUUGAUAGCAGAGGAUCUCGAAGAGAUAGAUUUGGAUGCUGAACUAGGAUUUGUUAAACCAUAAACCUAUAUCUUAAUAUGCAUGUUGAUAUAAGUGGAUUUCGA